CGCCGGACUCUGGAAGGGAACAUGACCUGACCCCUCCCCGAGCGGCCGGAACGAGGCGCGGAGCCGCGCUCCGGCCUCGGGCGGCCGCGGGAUGGGCGGGCGCGCGGCCCCGCCCGGCGCCCACCGCCCUGCCCUCGCCUGUCUCCUCCUUUCCCCGGGGCUCCGCUGAGUUCAUUCACUGGGAUUGGUUUCAAGUGACGCCAUCUCUUUAUUUUUAAACCAAUGACCUCAUCCGCGCUUGAAGUUUCCUGACCAGCGACUCUUUCUCUUUCCCCCAACCCCCCACCCCACCCCCCCGCCUUUCCCCCUCUUUCUAUGUAUCAGUGUUCGGGGGGCUUUAAUCAGUUUUUGAACGAUUAUUACCACCUCUCCCUCCCCUCAGCCCCCGCUUUCACAACGCGACCCCCCACCUUUACCUCCCUAAGUUCUUCAUCUCCUUCGACAUUUUUUUUGAAGGCUGAUUGGGGGGGAGGGUGGAAGAGAAAGAGUGAAGAAAAGUUGCGAGCGUCUCCUCUCUUCCUAAGCCUCCCGCCCCCACCCACCCCUCAGAGAAGGAGAAGAUAAUAUAGUGAAAAGAAGAGGAGGAGGAGAGCGACGGGACGGGACGCGAGCGGGAGCGCAGCCGCCCUCUCGGCCCCGCGGCGGCGCCUCGCAAGCCCGGGAGGCGAGGGGGGCCCGAGGGGAGACGCCGUGACAACUUUCGUUUCCCUCUGAGGGAAUUGGGAGGUCGGCGGCCCCAAAAGCUUUCAGUCCAGUGUAAAGCUGUUGGAGCGCGGGAGCAAAGGUAAAGAAUGAUGUAAUGCGCUGGCUGCCCCAAAGCAUCUUUUGUUGUGGAAUGGUUAUUCCAGUCAUCUCUUUAUGAAUCAAAUGUGAGGGGCUGCUUUGUGGACGGAGUCCUUUGCAAGAGCACAUCAACGGGAAAGAGAAAGAGACAUUCACUUGGAGGGCUCUUGCUGAAAAUGGGUUUAACUCUCCUUUUGCCAGUCACCACCAGCCUGACCUCAUACACUUUUAGUACAAUGGAGUGGCUGAGCCUUUGAGCACACCACCAUUACAUCAUCGUGGCAAAUUAAAGAAGGAGGUGGGAAAAGAGGACUUAUUGUUGUCAUGGCCCAUGAGAUGAUUGGAACUCAAAUUGUUACUGAGAGGCUGGUGGCUCUGCUGGAAAGUGGAACGGAAAAAGUGCUGCUAAUUGAUAGCCGGCCAUUUGUGGAAUACAAUACAUCCCACAUUUUGGAAGCCAUUAAUAUCAACUGCUCCAAGCUUAUGAAGCGAAGGUUGCAACAGGACAAAGUGUUAAUUACAGAGCUCAUUCAGCAUUCAGCGAAACAUAAGGUUGACAUUGAUUGCAGUCAGAAGGUUGUAGUUUACGAUCAAAGCUCCCAAGAUGUUGCUUCUCUCUCUUCAGACUGUUUUCUCACUGUACUUCUGGGUAAACUGGAGAAGAGCUUCAACUCUGUUCACCUGCUUGCAGGUGGGUUUGCUGAGUUCUCUCGUUGUUUCCCUGGCCUCUGUGAAGGAAAAUCCACUCUAGUCCCUACCUGCAUUUCUCAGCCUUGCUUACCUGUUGCCAACAUUGGGCCAACCCGAAUUCUUCCCAAUCUUUAUCUUGGCUGCCAGCGAGAUGUCCUCAACAAGGAGCUGAUGCAGCAGAAUGGGAUUGGUUAUGUGUUAAAUGCCAGCAAUACCUGUCCAAAGCCUGACUUUAUCCCUGAGUCUCAUUUCCUGCGUGUGCCUGUGAAUGACAGCUUUUGUGAGAAAAUUUUGCCGUGGUUGGACAAAUCAGUAGAUUUCAUUGAGAAAGCAAAAGCCUCCAAUGGAUGUGUCCUAGUGCACUGUUUAGCUGGGAUCUCCCGCUCUGCCACCAUCGCUAUUGCCUACAUCAUGAAGAGGAUGGACAUGUCUUUAGAUGAAGCUUACAGAUUUGUGAAAGAAAAAAGACCUACUAUAUCUCCAAACUUCAAUUUUCUGGGCCAACUCCUGGACUAUGAGAAGAAGAUUAAGAACCAGACUGGAGCAUCAGGGCCAAAGAGCAAACUCAAGCUGCUGCACCUGGAGAAGCCAAAUGAACCUGUCCCUGCUGUCUCAGAGGGUGGACAGAAAAGCGAGACGCCCCUCAGUCCACCCCGUGCCGACUCUGCUACCUCAGAGGCAGCAGGGCAAAGGCCCGUGCAUCCCGCCAGCGUGCCCAGUGUGCAGCCGUCGCUGUUAGAGGACAGCCCGCUGGUACAGGCGCUCAGUGGGCUGCACCUGCCCGCAGACAGGCUGGAAGACAGCAAUAAGCUCAAGCGUUCCUUCUCUCUGGACAUCAAAUCAGUUUCAUAUUCCGCCAGCAUGGCAGCGUCCUUACAUGGCUUCUCCUCAUCAGAAGAUGCUUUGGAAUACUACAAACCUUCCACUACUCUGGACGGGACCAACAAACUAUGCCAGUUCUCCCCUGUGCAGGAACUGUCGGAGCAGACGCCCGAAACCAGUCCUGAUAAGGAGGAAGCCAGCAUCCCCAAGAAGCCGCAGACCACCAGGCCUUCAGACAGCCAGAGCAAGCGACUGCACUCGGUCAGAACCAGCAGCAGUGGCACCACCCAGAGGUCCCUUUUAUCUCCAUUGCAUCGAAGUGGGAGUGUGGAGGACAAUUACCACACCAGCUUCCUUUUCGGCCUGUCCACCAGCCAGCAGCACCUCACGAAGUCUGCUGGCCUGGGCCUUAAGGGCUGGCACUCGGAUAUCUUGGCCCCCCAGACCUCUACCCCUUCCCUGACCAGCAGCUGGUAUUUUGCCACAGAGUCCUCACACUUCUACUCUGCCUCAGCCAUCUACGGAGGCAGUGCCAGUUACUCUGCCUACAGCUGCAGCCAGCUGCCCACUUGCGGGGACCAAGGCUAUUCUGUGCGCAGGCGGCAGAAGCCAAGUGACAGAGCUGACUCACGGCGGAGCUGGCAUGAAGAGAGCCCCUUUGAAAAGCAGUUUAAACGCAGAAGCUGCCAAAUGGAAUUUGGAGAGAGCAUCAUGUCGGAGAACAGGUCACGGGAAGAGCUGGGGAAAGUGGGCAGUCAGUCUAGCUUUUCGGGCAGCAUGGAAAUCAUUGAGGUCUCCUGAGAAGAAAAACACUUGUGACUUCUAUAGACAAUUUUUUUUUCUUGUUCACAAAAAAAUUCCCUGUAAAUCUGAAAUAUAUAUAUGUACAUACAUAUAUAUUUUUGGAAAAUGGAGCUAUGGUGUAAAAGCAACAGGUGGAUCGACCCAGUUGUUACUCUCUUAACAUCUGCAUUUGAGAGAUCAGCUAAUAUUUCUCUCAACAAAAAUGGAAGAGCAGAUGCUAGAAUCCCCCCUAGUCAGAGGAAACCAUUUUAUUCAGUGAAUUACACAUCCUCUUGUUCUUAAAAAAGCAAGUGUAUUUGGUGUUGGAGGACAAAAUCCCCUACCAUUUUCACGCUGUGCUACUAAGAGAUCUCAAAUAUUCGUCUUUGUCCGGUCCCUUCCAUAGUACACCUUAGCACUGAGACUGAGCCAGCUUGGGGGUCAGGUAGGUAGACCCUGUUAGGGACAGAGCCUGGUGGGAAAUCCAAGAGAAAUGAUCCUAUCCAAAGCUGAUUCACAAAGCCAUGCUCACCUGACAGCCGAGGGACACGAGCAUCACUCUGCUGGACGGACCAUUAGGGGCCUUGCCAAGGUCUACCUUAGAGCAAACCCAGUACCUCAGACAGCAAAGUCGGGGCUUUGACCACUACCAUGUCGGUAGCCCGUUUUCUAGGCAUUGUGAAUAGGUAGGUAGCUAGUCACACUUUUCAGACCAAUUCAAACUGUCUAUGCACAAAAUUCCAGUGGGCCUGGAUGGAGGUAAUUUUUCUUCUUCUUCUCAGCUUUAUGAAGAGAAGGGAACUGUCUAGGAUUCAGCUGAACUGCCAGGAACCUGGUAAUCAUGAUUUAAGCUAAGGUUGGGAGGCUAACAAGUCUACCUCCCUCUUUGUAAAUCAAAGAAUUAUUUAGAAUGGGAUUGUCAGUCCUUUAAAUAUAAAGAUGAACUUGGUUUCAAGCCAGAUGUGAAUUUAUUUGGGUGGUAGCAGACCAGCAGUACCUUCAAGUUCUCAGCCAAAGUAGAUGUGUUUGCCCUUUCUGCUUCACUGCAUGGAUACAGUUGGUAAAAUGUAACAAUAUGGCAGAAUUUUAUAGGAAACUACCUAGGGAGGUAAAGUAUGGGAAGAUUAAGAAAGGUAUAAAUUGCUGAAGAGAAGCAGGAAACCUAUUUCCUUAGCGGCUUUUAUCUCCUCGGCAUGCGAUGGGGCUGGUGUUUCUGUAAUUGCCUCAGACUUUCGAAUUUACUAGUAGGGCUGAGAGAGACUUUAGUGAGGAAGGAAUAUUCAGAAUAAAACUGUUGAGAAAGCUGAGAAGACCACUGAGUUUGGAUCAGUCAUUGUGAGUAGAGUGCAAAGCCAUGGCCAAGCUGUUUCUGGAAACGCUGGCCGGCGCGUCUUCAGUGGAAAGGGCACAUCAAAAUGGAGCGAGAGCAAGUCCUCGACUUACAAUCACGGUAUGGAAUCGGUCCUGGCAGCUGAACAUAGGAGGUCAUUGGAACAAGUACACAAGUGAUAGUGCAGCUCUGCCUUCAAACAGCCUCCUGGCUUGAGUUUUAUCAGCUACAAUGUGGGUCCUCUUUUGAAGCCUUAAUUCACGACAGCAGCUUUUUGGGGGUGGGGGUGGGGCUGGGUGGGUGUUGUCAUUGUUCUUUCCCUUCCUGUAAGUGUCGCUAGUUGCUGCCUUGUAUCUCAGGUUUUUCUCUGUUUGAGAAAUGGACAGUUUUUUGACCAGGAUGUGACUUCAUGUUUCCUAUGGUGACUUCUAAAACCAGCAGAGAACGAUGUGACUCAACACAGACCGACUUGGUCAUGGGAUGAUGAGCCGCACAGACAUCACUAGCUGUGCACAAAUAAUGUACUAUGAUGGGGUGUAGAGUGAAGGCAGAAGAGGGUCAGCCGCGUUGUUAUGAUACUGGGAAAGUGCUGGUCAAUGAUUUGAGUUAAUUAUAUACAUUGAAAUCUGUAAUCAGACAUUCUCAUUUCACACAGUAAUUUUUGAUGUUAUGUACACACACACCAGACGUGUAACAGUUCACCACUUCCAGAAUGCGGUCAUAUCCAAAGCAUGUUGAAGGAAAGCAGGAGCUCCUUGCUAAGGAUGUUUCAGGAGGUUUGGGGGACUUGGUUUUAAUGAGCUUCUGUCAUUUAGGGCUUCUCUUGGCCAUGGUCCCCUUCCUUCUGGAACUGUGAUGUAGUCACACCCUACAGCCUUUAGUGCUGGUUCACUAGUGUCAGAUAAUCAGUUCUUGGAAGCGAGACUGCGAGGCAAAGGGGUGGCCUCGGAGGCAGGCUCUGGAGCUGCUUGGGUGUCUUUAGGUGGGGUGGUGGCUGGCUCUCUUCGGCAUGUAAUCGGGGAAACCCUGGCGUCUACUAGGGGUGAUACAGAUGGCGAUUUUAAAGAGCAAAACUAGACUUCUAUGUGAGAAAUGCUGGAAAAUGAUUUAGGACGUGUAAAGUUAGAUGGAAAGACUGUAAAUGUUUAAUAUGAAUAUAGUGUUCUUUUGAAGGCCAGCUGUUGAACGGUUAAAUUGUGCAUUUCUCAUUUUGAUGUGCUAUAUAUGUUAAUGUAUGAAAUGAUUAAAUAAAAUCAAAACUGGUACCUGUUUAUACAUAAA